AUGUCCAAGAAAGCCCAAAGACUAAAGGCUGCUCAAGUAAGAGCUACAAGAUGGCCCACCAGCAGAGUCACCGCUACACCCAAAGAUGGACCAGAAUCUGCAGUCCAUUACUAUGCAGAAGUGAUGCCUGAAUGGCUCAAGGGAGAUACUGACAAUGACAUGGCCAUGCAUCUUACACCAGCAGACCAUGCCAAACCCAGAUACAUGCUCAUGAAGCUGGACUUGGAAUGUGAUUCCAACUGUGGAUAUACUGGUGGGGUGAGUGCUGGCCCAGUAGCAGCAACUAUGAAAUGCCAUCAGAUCCUGAGAGCGGUUGGUUGGAUUCUGAGGAUGGAGGCAUAUUGGUCAGGCUUGAGGACCAAAGAUACACAGUUACAGGUUAAGAAAUUCAGCUCAACAAAAUACAAAUCACACAGACAUGUUUUGGAGACCAUAACACACCUUUUUGACUGA